AUGACGUCACCACGCGGCCUAGCCUCUCACUGGGUUUCCGGUCGCUGUGAAAUGACGCCAUUACGGUUACCGCGCUGCACCCUGGGCCUGCCUAUUGAGCGGAGGCAGACUGAGGCUGGGACUGAGAGCCAUCGCCGAGGCGGCCCACGUUGCGUCAGUUUUAGCUGUCCACCGCAGUGCCUGCCGGGAAAACAAAGAGCGCCGAGCUCAGAUCCUGUCGGCUCUCCAGCCCAGUGUUACCCGGGACACAGCGCCCCGGAGCCGGUCUGCCGCCUGAUAUCUCGGCUCUCUCGGCUAGCUGCACCCGCUAUCGGUUAG